AUGGAGUAUUUACCAAGCCUGAUUGACCCAAAUGAGACUUUCAAUGUCAACGAAUCACUUGUCCCGUUGAGGGACCUCAAGACAGCCAGCCAGAGCAGUAUUUCCCUUGAUGGCUUAUUGCAAAACCCUCUGAUUCUCCAGGAAGAUCUCAAGGAAGGUUGUGGAGGCCAACUAUGGCCAGCAGGGAUGGUCCUGUCCAAGUACUUACUACGUCAACACCGCUCCAGCUUUCUUAAUAAGACGAUAGUCGAACUAGGAGCUGGCGGCGGCCUUGUCGGGCUUGCGGUCGCACGUGGUUGCAACAUUGGACUGCAGCCUAUUUAUAUCACAGAUCAAACUUCCAUGUUACCGCUGAUGGAAACGAAUAUCAAACUCAACGGCCUCUCAUCUGUCGUUGCAGCGACUGUAUUGAACUGGGGUGAACCCCUCCCGACUUCCAUUCCAAGGCAUCCCACAAUAAUACUUGCUGCCGAUUGCGUCUAUUUCGAACCUGCCUUUCCUCUUCUGAUCUCGACCUUGAGCGACCUUCUUGGUCCAAAUUCAGUCUGUUAUUUCUGUUUCAAAAGACGAAGAAGGGCAGAUAUCCGCUUCAUGAAACAGGCAAGGAAAAUAUUCCAUGUUAAGGAGAUCAGUGACGACCCCGAUGCGGAUGCCUAUCGGCGAGAAAACAUUUAUCUUUACGCCAUUCGUCGGAAACUUGAUAAAAACAUGACCGCGACUAGCUGA